AUUUGUGUACUGCUGCAACAAGUGAAACGGCAUCGUUUCAGGUUAAAACGGGCAUAAAUAUUGUUACUCAUCGUGUUCCUUUGGCCCAGCUGAAAACCUCGUCAUUCUUGGCUCUCAUGCAACCACUACUGGAGCCUGGUUCAGUAAUGGAGGAAGGGUUAGUAGAUUCAGAACCUUUUCCUCCACAAGGCUCUCAACACUCAGCUUCAUUCGGGCACUGGAUUUCCACAUUAAGGAAAAGGGCAUGUGAAGCAUACAGAAGAAAGCCAAUCUCAUACUGGUUUCUUCUAGUUCUGAGUAGUAGUGCAAUGCUUGUGGCAUUCCCUGCUUCAAGCCUCCUAUCUCGUCUUUAUUUCCAAAAUGGUGGAACCAGCAAAUGGAUCAUUUCGUGGGCUGCGGUUGCAGGGUGGCCUAUAACAGCUCUCAUCCUAGUUCCAACAUACUUAGUCUGUAAAACACUUCCCACUCCAUUAACCUUGAAGCUCACUUUUGCAUACAUUGUGCUUGGUUUCUUAAGUGCUGCAGACAAUCUUAUGUAUGCAUAUGCAUAUGCUUACCUCCCUGCAUCCACUGCUGCCCUUUUGGCAUCGUCUUCCUUAAUCUUCUCAGCAUUGUUUGGAUAUCUUCUUGUGAAGAAUAAGAUCAACGCUUCGAUUAUAAAUGCCAUUGUUAUUAUCACAGCUGCCAUGACCAUCAUAGCAUUGGACUCAGAUUCAGACAGAUAUGGUAAUAUAAGCAAUAGACAAUACAUAAUGGGAUUCAUAUGGGACAUUCUAGGUUCUGCUCUUCAUGGCCUCAUUUUCGCACUCUCAGAACUAGUUUUUGUUAAAAUGCUAGGCAGAAUAUCCUUCCAUGUUGUGUUGGAACAACAACUCAUGGUCUCAGUAUUCGCCUUUCUAUUCACCACCAUUGGAAUGAUUUUAAACAAUGACUUUCAAGGAAUGGCAUCCGAAGCUAAAGUUUUCGAAGGUGGGAAAACUUCCUACUACCUAGUUCUCAUAUGGAGCACCAUCACCUUCCAGCUCGGGGUGUUGGGAGCAACGGCUGUGCUGUUUUUGUCGUCCACUGUUCUUGCUGGUAUUCUAAAUGCAGUGAGAGUACCCCUUACCAGCAUUGCAGCUGUCAUACUUAUGCACGAUCCGAUGAGCGGUUUCAAGAUCCUCUCACUUACUGUAACAUUUUGGGGCUUUGGUUCUUAUAUUUAUGGCAGUUCAUCAGCAAGUAAAGGCCCCAUAUCCACAUGAAAAAUGCAUAGUAGUAUUAGAGGUUUCAUGGCAGUCAGUUUAUUAUAUAUUAUUCCUUUAUAUUAUCAAUAAACAUCAGUAUUUAUGUAAUUUAUCCACAAACAAUGUAAAUUUAUUCAUGUAUCAUUUUAUAAUUAAGUGUACAAAAUUACUUAAA